UUUCUUGAAUGAUUCGCGAAGUAAGCACUGCCCAUUUAGCGUACGGCAUCCACGUCACCAAGAGUGCCCUAAUAAUUUUAUUCUUUUUCUCCGGCAGUGCGUGUGGAUCGCCCUCGUUGCGUGUUUGCGCGCUCCCUCUUCUUGUUCUUCGCUGCUGCUACGCCGCCGGUUCCACUGGCGCCGCGCUCCAAUCUCCCCCGCCGAUCGGAUUGACGCCUUCCCCGCCGCGCGGCCGUUCCAUCGAGGUGCGUAUUGCUGCCCGGCGCAUCGGAUCCAACCUAGGGUUUCGCUCUUCGGCGCGUUUCCAGUGCGCGGCGGGGAAGGGUCUCAUUCUCGCUCUCUCUAGCUCUCAAUUCCCUCCAGAUUUCCCUUUUUCUUCUCUCUCCUCCCUUUCCUCCCUUUUGGAGACCUAAGGCGGCUAUGGCGUCAUCUCUGGACAAAGGCUUCGCGUUCCAGCGACCGUGUUACUCCUGGGGCGAUGUCGCGUGGGUGGAAUUCGACACAAGCGGGCAGCAGCCUCCUCCACCGUACUACGAUCACAGCUAUGGCGGCGGUCUCGAGUAUGCCAACUUUGCUCCAUUUCCUUCGCGCCCGCCCGAGAAGUUCUCCUCGUAUGGGACGAAGUUGGGCUGGUGUGGCGAUGGGAGGGAUUUCGUCUCCGUCCUCCAGUGGUACUGCUACUGGCUUGGGAUCAACCCAGCGAUUUGCUGCCAACUUCCAGCCGAGGUGGUCACCGCGGAGAUCCUCAAGCAGGGCGCACAAGAGCGAGAGGUUCUUCCAUCUCCCGGCCCUCCACACGAGGCCUUCCGGUACGUGAUCCACUACCUCGGGCUCCAGGAGCUUCUUUCCCUGGAGAUGGUCUGCAAGCCUUUGCUGGAGAUGGUGAGGCGCGAGGCUCCACACUGGCAGAACUUAAGGCUGGAUCCGCCCCUGGACUUGAAGCUCACGGACACCGCGCUGCUGAUCCUGGCGCUCCGAGCCCAGGGACGCCUCCAGAGCCUCAAGCUCGCGAACUGCCAGAGGAUCACGGAUGCGUCGCUGGAGAGUGUUCUCGCUGGCAACACCAUGCUUACAAAGUUGGACGUGUCCUGUUGCAAGGGAUUGACGAUCGAGGGUGUCGUGAAGAUGGCUCAGCGGCACACACUGCCCGGAUACCAGCGCUUGCGGCGGCUGCGCGUGGAGGGCUUGAACGACAUCACCAAGGAGCGCAUCCAGGAGCUGCGCGAGGCGCUCUGCCCGGACAAGUGCUGGCCGCUCUACUAUAGGCUCACGCACAGGGGCUACGGCGACAGGGUCCUGGACGUGGAAGCAUGCCCGAGGUGUGAUCUUCUCCGGGUGGUUUACGACUGCUGGAGGACCAAGUGCCACGAGAAGUGGUCCGCGGGGGAGCAGCAGUGCCGGGGCUGCCUGAGCUGCGUUCCCAGGUGUGACAACUGCGGUGGAUGCUUCGAGAAUGGGGACUUUGAGGAGACGUUCGCGCUCGACUUUAUGUGCCUCAAGUGCUCGAGGCUGCCGGUGGAGGCGACGUUCCCAGGCACGGGGUUUGGGUGUGGAUCGCUGUCUUUCCACGACCAGAAGACGGUGGAGGAGGAGUGGAGGCUAAAGCAGCAGCGGCAGGAACAAGAAGAGGGGAAGAAGAGGGCGAUCUUGGGCGAUGGCUCGAUCGGCAGGAAUGGGAUGAUGCUACUAGCAACGAUGGAGGGAUCAUCGAGAGAAAAGACCAACAAAAACCAUAGCUACAGCAACACCAACAACACUACUAUCGGCAAGAACAACAAAAUCAACCAUAGUAUCAACGAUUCUUUUGUAGGAGGAAGGAGGCAAUAACGCGGCCCCCCCCCCGAAGCGAGCGAGCGAAGGUCAGGCACUCUUUUCAUUUUCUUUCUUCUUUGCUUCUUUUUUCUUUUGGAGGAUUCAUCGUGAGAUUCGAUUUUGGAGGACUCAAAAAAGUUAGCGCCAGGCAAUCUCAUGGGCGGCUGGUAGAUUCUUUUAGCGUGAGAGAGAUCAGGAAAAACGAAAACAAAAAAAAAAAGAGGAUUGGAGGAGAAAAAGUGAUGUAAAUAUUUUUUGAGAAAAAAAAUUAGAAAUGACGUA